UCGGGCGUCGCCGUCUCGGCGGGCGGCGUCGCUCCGGUAGCGAUAGGGCGCGCGCGCGCGCGCCAUUCCGUCGUGGUAAAGAGAGGGAGAGAGAUAGAUAGAUAUAUAUAUAUAUCAUAUAUAUAUCCAUACAUACGUACACAUAUAUAUAUAUGUAUGUGUAUAUAGAUAGAGAGAAGAGAAAGGUAGUAGAGUGAUCGCGUCGAUUGGAGAAAGAAAGAGAAAGAUAGAGGGCAGGAGGUGUGCGCGGGGUGGUGGUGGAGCAACGAACCCUCUCGCCGUGGCUCGAAUGUACGGAGCGCCGGAGUUGUGUUCGAAUCAUGGCGACACCCGACCCCGUAGAUCCAGCCACCCUAGAGAUUAAGACCCGUAGCAUAGAACAGACACUACUCCCACUAGUGAAGCAGAUUUCUACGCUAGUGUCGCACAGAGAACGGCCGCUAUGUUCCGACCGGAGUCUUCGUGCUGUCGCGAGGGUUGGACAGGCGGUAAAUUUGGCGGUCGAAAGGUUCGUCACCGUUGGCGAGACAAUCGCCGACGACAAUCCCGAGAUCAAACAGGACAUGUACGAGGCUUGCAAAGAGGCCCGAGUCGCUGGAUCAGCGAUAGAAAAAUUAUGCGAAUGUGCUAUGGAAGACAGUUUGGCAGAUCGCGGCUCGGUUGUCAGAGCGGCAAGAUGCCUUUUGGGUUCGGUUACGAGAGUUCUUCUUUUGGCGGACAUAGUAGUGGUGAAACAAUUGCUUUUAGCGAAGGACAAGGUGGCCCGUAGCCUUGGACGUCUUGAAAGCGUUUCGAAUUUCACGGAAUUCGUUAAAGCAUUUAGCCAAUUCGGCGCGGAAAUGGUGGAAUUGGCUCACCUCACCGGUGAUCGUCAGAAUGACCUGAAGGACGAGAGACGAAGGGCACAAAUGGCCGCUGCCCGACAAGUUUUGGAGAGAAGCACGAUGAUGCUACUCACAUCCAGCAAAACGUGCCUGAGACAUCCGGAAUGUCCCUCGGCUAGAGAGAAUAGGGACACAGUUUUCUGUCAAAUGAGAAGAGCGAUGGAUCUAAUACAUUACGUGGUUAAGGAUGGUGUCCUCGAUUGUAGCGAAUCUCAAUCUUACCCCAAUUCUCAAAAUCCACAGCAAGAGGAUUGGGACAGUAGUACCGUGUGCUCAGCAUUGAAACAUUUCGAGAGGCUCGUAGAAACGACGAGGAUGACUCUAUUGGGACAAGGCUGUCGCGAAACACUGACAUCAGCCCUCGAUACCGUCGUCGAGAGGACCCAGGACUUUACCGACAGCGCUUACACGAGUCACGAGCACCGAGAGAAUAUCCUUCUUCUUUGCGAUCGAGCGAAACUCGAGCUGAAUACUCUAUUGCGGAUCGGUAAUAGUAUGAACUUCGAAGGAGGCGGAUGUUCACCAAGCUCGGAGAUGGAACAAGCAGUAUUGGGAGUUCUUCGUGCUACUCGUGACCUUCGUCAGCAGCUUACGACAACGACGAUGGAACAAGCUGGUGACCUUGGACAGGUGACCAAAGCCGGUCAGGAUUUAGUCUCGACAAUUAGAAAUCUCGCUUUGGCUAACGAAAUCGACCGACUUCAAGAGAGCAGCGACAGGUUUCACGAGUACAUCGAACAUAUUCUCGAAGUAUGCAAACUCUUGAGACACGUUGCACUUUCGGAGUCUCUUCAAGUAUCGGCAAAGUUCACCGAAAUCAACCUAAGAAUUUACGGGCCUCAAGUGGUGACAGCUGCGCACACGUUAGCUAGGCAUCCUACUAGUAAAAUUGCUAAAGAAAAUUUAGAAGUUUUCGCUGAUAUGUGGCAAUGGUUAAUGACCGACGUGACAACAGUAGCGAAAGAUGUUUUGGAAUUAAGUCAGAACAGACCGGAAAAGCAGGUGUAUAUGUCCCUGCCACGGCCAGGUAAACACGGUACGACGAGCAAGCCAUUGAAACCAGUAAGACUGGAUAGCGAGGAACAAGCAAAGAUAGCGAAGGCUGGCCUUGAGAUGAAACUGAUAACAUCGGAGAUGGACGCAGAGACGGAGAAAUGGCAAGAGAGUGGUAGCGCACUCGAGGAGAACAACGACAUAGUGAAACGUGCGAAGAAUAUGUCGUCAAUGGCCUUCUCGAUGUAUCAAUUUACAAGGGGGGAGGGAGCCCUUAAAACGACACAGGAUCUUUUCACGCAAGCUGAGUAUUUUGCGGAGGAGGCGAAUAGAUUGUACAAGGUUGUGAGACAAUUUAGUUAUCAGGUACCGGGUGGACCGCACAAGAAAGAACUAUUAGAAAAUCUGGAUCGAGUGCCAACAUAUGUGCAACAAUUGCAAUUCACCGUGAAGAAUCCAACCGUCGGUAAAGCGGCGACAUUUACCAAAGUCGACAACGUUAUACAGGAGACAAAGAACUUGAUGAACGUGAUAUCGAAGGUGGUCACUACGUGCUUCGUCUGCGCCACAAAGUACAACCUGGAUUUCCGAGGUCUGUCGGCGCGCGGGGCCGGCGGCUCGCCGUACAGGGGCGGAGAGGGUGGAAGCGCCGACGGCGAAGGUGGAGGUGUUGGUGUCGACGGCAGCAAGGCGGGCUCCGCCCCCGGCAGCGAUCCGUCCGUCUGACAGUUUGGGAUGGCCCGACGGGCCAAGGGGGACGCUCGCCGCACUCGGGUCUCCUUUCUGCUUUUCUAGGAAGAGCCUCGCCUGCCCCACAAUGGAACGUACACGUCGACGACGACAACAACAACUACAACAACAAGAACAACAACAACAACAAGAACAACAAGAACAACAACAAGAACAACAACAAGAACAACAACAGCAACAACAAGAACAACUACAAACAAGUUACCUUAUUAUCAAUCAUUGUUAUCGAUCGUUCGAUCGAUCCGUGUACUUACAUUCGUCGAAUUAUCACGAGCCUGCCUCUCGGUCCGAAAUUCCAAUCGUUCCUCCAUCUUGUCGUUACUAUCGUUAUAUAUUUCCUUUCUUAAUUUUAUUUCUCUCUUUUCAUAUACACACAUACACGUACAUACAUAUUUAUAUUACUCUAUCACUAACUAUUAUCAACUAUUAUUAUUGUUAUUAUUUUUGUUCUUAUUAUUAUUAUUAUUAUUAUUAUUAUUAUUAUUAUUAUUAUUAUUAUUAUUAUUAUCUCUUUCUCUUCCCCUACCAUCAUCGUCAACCAUCGUCGAAUUAUCUAUCGUGUUUAAUAAAUAUCUAUCUAUUUGUCAUCAUCCUAUCAAGAAUCGAUAUUAUUAUCGAACGUCUAGUCGCCUCGUGCGAUUAAACCACUAUACCUACACGUCUACAAACGUAUAUGGUAUAUAUAUAUAUAUAUAUAUAUAUAUAUAUAUAUAUAUUAUAUAUAUAUACUAUUAAUCUUUGAUAUCAAAAUUGAUAUUAUCCUAAAAAUUUUUAUCGAUAUAGACAUUACCAGAUACAAGUCGAAAUAUUAUUGUCAAUCUACUUUCGAUCUAAAUCGAAAUAAUAUUAGAUCUUUAUUCGAAUUUUGAACGAUCGAAAGUAUUUCCACUAUUUAAACAUUCGAUCGGAUCAAUCAAUCAAUCCAAUCAAUUAAUCAAUCAAUCAAUCAAUCAAUCAAUCAAUCAAUCAAUCAAAAUCCAUCGAUCGAUCGAAAUCUAUCGAUCAAUCCUAUCCUAAAAUCAUUUUGGUCUCAUUCACGUGACUCAAAGGCAAACUCGUGAUCCUUAUUCGAACGAUCAAUGAUGAACGAAUAAUCUUUAUAUCACGCAUAUGAUUAUUUAAAAACAAUCUUCGUCUAUGUUCGACGUUUACGUUCCAUCAUCAUUCGCUAAAGUUCUUUCGAAUGUCAUCGAAAUAAAUAUAAUCUACUUCGAUCACGAGAAUCACGUUAAUGCGUAAAAUGAUAAAUCGAGGGCUAAAAAGUGAAAAAAAAGAGAGAGAGAGAGAGAAAAAGAGAGAGAGAGAGAGAGAGAGAGAGAGAGAGAUAAAGUGAAAGGGCUAUUAAAAAUCGCACGCAAAGGCACGCUACGCAAGCGCACGCGCAGGUGCACGCGCACGUCAGGCACGCACGAAAUUAUCGUAAUUAUGCUGACGCGUAGUAAUUAGCACGUGAUUAUUAAAUUAAACUCAAUUACGCAUGGCUCGCUAAUUGUCGAUGAGCUAAUGCCACCAUACCUACACUUUAUGUAGAUCCUUUUCUAAUGUCGAUCGAUUAUCGAAUCUUUAGAAUCGAAUUCGAUUUCGUAUAUUUACAUACAUACAUACAUACAAUACAAUACAAUACAAUAUACAAUACAAUACGUACAAUACAAUACAAAAUAGUAAUACAAUGCAAUACGUAAUAUGUACGAUACGUUAAAGUUACGUGGAAGGGAGAUUAAAUGAAAGAACCGCGAGUCCUUGUAUGUAUGUGUAUGUAUGUGUAUGCGAGCGAGAAAUAGAGAGAAAGAGAGAGAGAGAGAGAGAGAGAGAGAGAGAGAGAGUGAGAGAGAGAAAAAGAGAGAGAGAAUGUUGAAUACUCAUUUCUAAAUGAGAACAAGAUAAAGAAAUAAUAAUUUUUGAAACAUGCAAGCACGAAGAUGAGAUGGUACGUCUUACAAAGAUAAGAAAAAAAAAAAAAGAGAAAAAAAGAAAACAAAAAAGAUAAAAGAGAACUAAUUAGUUCUAAAGAAAUAAUAUAUAAUAUGAAACGCUAUGAGGACAGGGGGAAUGGAGAGCCAGAAAAAAGAAAAAAGAAAUAAGAAAAAGGGGUUUAAUAAUAAUCGUUCUUCCAAAGCCGACAAGUUGGUGCAACGACAAUAAUAAACAGCGUCGAUAUGGAGUGCCUUUUUUAGGUGUGAGAAUAGAGGCUGACUUCCACUUCCAUAGUUACGCCAACUUCGGUUUAUGAGAAAAUGUAUGUUUGUGUUUGUGUGUGUGUGUGUGUCUGUCUGUCUGUCUGUGUGUGCGUGCGCGCGUAUAUGCGUGUAUGCCUGUACAUGUCCUCUGCUGUUUACGUGCGGUUAGAGUCGUCAUAAAUCAAGAGAUUUAAAAAGAAAGAAAAUACGUGACGUUUUUUUCUUUACUAAAAAUACGAAUGAGAAACGUUUAAUAUAUUAAAAAAAAAAAAAAAAGACAAAAAGAAAAAAGACAAAAGGAAAGAAAAAGAUGAUUAAAAGUUCGACCAGUUAACUUUAACGUAUCGCGCGCAAAAAAAAACGCCAUUUUCUCUUUGAGACUGUAUACGCUUUUGUCUGAAGCAGCAGGUGCCAAAGAAAAGGGAAGAGAAGGAAAAUAAGAUGAAAUGAAAUGAAGCGAGAGAGAGAGAGAGA